GUUGGAGACUAAGCGCCUGCCGAGCGGGGCAGAGCGGCAGGCCCGGGAGCGAGCAGGGGCCUCGCCAUGAACCCCCGGGGCCUGUUCCAGGACUUCAACCCGAGUAAGUUCCUCAUCUACGCCUGCCUGCUGCUCUUCUCGGUGCUGCUGCCCCUCCGCCUGGAUGGCGUCAUCCAGUGGAGCUACUGGGCCGUCUUCGCCCCCAUCUGGCUGUGGAAGCUCCUGGUCAUGGCGGGCGCCUCCGUGGGUGCGGGCGUUUGGGCUCGAAACCCUCGCUACCGCACCGAGGGCGAGACCUGCGUGGAGUUCAAGGCCAUGCUGAUCGCCGUGGGCAUCCACCUGCUGCUGCUCAUGUUCGAAGUCCUGGUCUGCGACCGGGUGGAGCGGGGGACCCACUUCUGGCUGCUGGUCUUCAUGCCGCUCUUCUUCGUCUCCCCCGUGUCCGUGGCAGCCUGCGUGUGGGGCUUCCGACACGAUCGGUCCCUGGAGCUGGAGAUCCUGUGCUCCGUCAACAUCCUGCAGUUCAUCUUCAUCGCCCUGCGGCUGGACAGGAUCAUCCACUGGCCGUGGCUGGUGGUCUUCGUGCCCCUCUGGAUCCUCAUGUCCUUCCUCUGCCUGGUCGUCCUCUAUUACAUCGUCUGGUCCCUCCUGUUCCUGCGGUCCCUGGACGUGGUGGCCGAGCAGCGGAGAACGCACGUGACCAUGGCCAUCAGCUGGAUCACCAUCGUCGUGCCCCUGCUCACCUUUGAGGUCCUGCUGGUUCACAGACUGGAUGGCCACAAUACGUUCUCCUACAUCUCCAUCUUCGUCCCCCUCUGGCUUUCCUUAAUCACUCUGAUGGUCACCACCUUUCGGCGAAAAGGGGGCAACCACUGGUGGUUUGGUAUUCGCAGAGAUUUCUGUCAGUUUCUGCUUGAAAUUUUCCCGUUUUUGAGAGAAUACGGGAACAUUUCCUAUGAUCUGCAUCAUGAAGACAGUGAAGAUACUGAAGAAACAUCGGUUCCAGAUGCGCCUAAAAUUGCUCCAAUAUUUGGGAAGAAAGCCAGGGUAGUUAUAACCCAGAGCCCUGGAAAGUAUGUUCCCCCACCUCCCAAGUUAAAUAUUGAUAUGCCAGAUUAAACUCAUCUGUGGGAGUGCCCCUAAAUAAGUAGAAACCAUACAUAACACACCCAGAGUCUACUUACUUUUGCCUCUUUUUCAUCCAUCCCGAUCCUAGAACUGAAAACAGGCUCCAAACACCGUCGUCUCCUGCCUUGGAGAUUGAGCCUAUCGGUGACUCGUCAGUGUAUGCCAUGGGUAGGGGGUUAUGUGAAUAUAUGGCGAUGUGCUUGGUGUGUGACGUGUGGGAAAACUUGCUUCCCAGAUUGGUGCUUCAAGAGCUAACUGGGAGCAGUAAGUUAAAUUGUUUUAGUAGGUCCUCAAAUGGAAUAAUUACACAGCUAAGGCUUUUAAAAGUGGUACUACACCUAUCAAAAGUAUUGUUAUAAGGAGUAUUUUUAUACACUGCUAGCCUAAAAUUGUAUUUCAGAUUGUGCCUGUUGUGACAUAAUUGAAAGCAAAUGUAAAGACUUCUCUCUCCCAUUACCUGUUUAUAAACUUCGUAGUUGUUAUUUUUAGUGUUCCUACUGUUAAAAUCGUUUUUCUUUGGGCUUUACUGAUACUAGUCUUUGAUAACCUACUAGGUGAGAUAUUUUAAUGCAGUGAGUCCAUGCAUAUAUGAUAUUUAUAUGACUAUUUUAGCACUGUAAUAUGUUGAUUUCUAGUUCUAUGCAGUACAACAAGUAUUAUGUUAAAGUAUUUUUUAAGUUUAUAUUUGAAGAUACAUGUCUAUUGCGAUAUUCUUAAAGAUUGCUUAAACCAUUCAUAUGUACCCAAUGUAGGAGCUAUCAAAGUACUAGGCAUGGAUAUGGGGGUUUAAAAUCCCAAGGAUCUUAAUGCUCAGGUGUGAGGUGACCCAAUCUGCACAGUUUUCAGUUCUCUCUCAGAAGAAGGAGCCACCAUCCUUUGGUACCAGAUCAUAAAGUGACACUUAAUUAGCACCUUGAAUUUUCCCACACAGGUAGUAACAUCUGUUCAGAAACGCCUGAAGUAAGCAAGUGGUUGCUCCAUUUCCAAGAAUUUUACAGUAUUAAUUGACCAUAAUAUAAAGUAUUGCAUGUCAUUGGAAGCUUGAGACAGUGGCUUUAACCAGAAAUGGCCAACAGGAUCACAGUAUUAUUUUAAGGUCCACGUUUUUUGAUCUGUCAGCAACAGGGAAAUAAUUUUUCAGGUUUGAAGACAGAAUACUAUUUCUGUAAGUGCUGGUGAGGUGCCAGAGAAUCAGAAGGCAAAAGCCAGAUCCUGGGAAAGUAAUGUUCUUCUGACUGAGAACGAGUAAAUACUUUCAGAAGGAGGUUAAGAUAAAAAUAAGUAUUGAUAAUAUUUACUGGGGAGAAGACUGGAGGAAAUUCAUUUUUAUUAGCAACUUAGUAAAAAUCUAAAUUUGGCUUCCUGUGAAUUAUGUAAAUAACUUACCUGGUGAGGGGACAUGCUCACUACAGAAGCCAACCCUGGGACCCCAGGGACCUGAGAGCCUGAGGUGCCGCAGCUCAGUUCACUCAGCUGGGACUGAGCCAAGGCCACAUGUAUGACACGCUGUCCGUCCACACCAGCUAUCACUGUGGAGCAGGCCUGAGCAGCAGUGGAUCUAACAUUUCGUAAGCGAGGAUUCAUUCAUCCAUUUUUUCAAAUAUUCAUUGAGGACCUGCCUACCUACUCUGGUGUUAGGAAGUGCAGAUACCGUGGAGAGCAAUUCAAAUCUGGCUGCCACCUGCACAGAGAAUACAAUUAAAAGUGACAAGAAGGUAGGGCCCAUCACGGCGGCUGGACAGCUGGCCUGUGGGAGGUAAUAGGCCAAGAGCAGGGUAUGCAAAACGCACAGAAGGGUGCUGCUGCCCUUGGGGUGAUCUCACUUCACCUGCAACUUCAGUCCCAUCUUUGUUGUCAGGACCCCAGUGUCCCCUGAUUGCCCCUCCAUCCCCAAGUAUUACCUCCGACAUGGACCUCGGUACUACAGAAGCCAAUUCCGGAGGAGCAGGUUUCCGGAGGAGCAGGUUUCUGGAGGGAUCGGAGGGCAGACUUGGGGCAGCAGUGGAUUCCCAGUCCCUGGCCACAGUGUCAGGCCAGGGGCUGGUUGGGACCUAGAACAAUCUCUCCUGACCUGACCUGCCUUACCUGCUCUAUCCCAAAGUGGCUUCGUGUUGGAGAGCCUGUGCCUGAGGGUAAUUACAAGCUUUCUCACCCAGCGGGGUCAUCCCCCCUGUCAGACCUUUCCUGCUUCAGGACCAUUAAGUCACCUGGGAGUGAUGGAUUAUAGAAAGUUGUUUAGUCUGCAAAUUAACAGUCUCAGCUGUGCCUGGGGAUUUACCUAAUUGCCAUGUACCUCUGACUCUUCACAGUAUUUAGCGUGUGUCAAAUUUGGUAACUGGUUUCUCCUGUACUCAUUAUAUUUGUAUUAUUAUGACUGUAUGAGUCAUAUUUUGCGGGAAAAUAUCCUCAGAAAUCUCAGUGGCAAACUCUCACUCAGGUCUGCAGGUUGGCUGCAGCGGUUACACUACAGGCUGUGGGUCUGACCUAGGUCUCCACAAGGCAUCCCUUUUUCUAGUCUGGGUCCCAGGCAAAGGAGUAGCAUUCUUUGGGGCAUGUUCUUAUAGCAGAAGCACAAGAGGCCAAGCCAAAGCCUGCAAGCAAAGAUGCAGCCCCUGCUCACAGGUGAUGUGUGUCUAGUGUGCAUGCUCUGUUGGCCAAAGCACAAGGCCAAGGCCAACCAACCUCAGUGGAGUGGGCCAACACACACCCAAGGGACAGUAACAGUCUGCACAGGUGUUGCAAGAUAGUUUUAAAGAUGGAAAAGAAAAUUUGUGGUCGGUUAUGAAUGAUUUUUCCCCUCUGUUUUACAAGCAUUCUAUAAUUUUGGAAGUUAAUUGUUUCGUAUUGUAAUCAUUAGAAGAGUAGCUGUGGGGCACGGGGGAUAGAUUUGAAACGAGAUAAGGAAGACCCUGCAUUCAGACCCCUUUGUGGACUGGAAGGGUACAGGAGGCAGCACACCAGUUUCAUGACGGUACUGUACCCAGGGCUUGCAGGAUGGAGGGCUUGCAGGAUGCCUUAGAAAGGGCAAGCCUGGGCACAGGGACACCAGCUGGGCAGAGAUGCCCCGGGAAACUAGGAAGAAGCAGUCUGGACAGGCCGGGCAGCACCCUAAAUGAGGAAGGAGGCAGGCCUCAGCCAGCCCUCCCCAGGGGUCUGGAUGGCACACAGCAUGCCCAGCUGAAGUAAACUGUCGGGAGGAUCCAUGGCUCAGACUGACAGGAAGUCUGGGGUCUUGCUAAGCACAGGGAUGAGAGACAUGCCGCAGGAAACCAGGCGAGGCUGUCCCUCAGGGACCAUUGGUGAGGAUGCCACAUGGCACCACCACCUAAAUAGUAAGUGCUCCCGGUGUCACCCCCACUGCCAGUUAUUCCUCAGUUGUCUGGCCAAGUUAAGGAUCCAGGAAGGGGGACAUGACUGGGAAGCCUUGGAAAUGCGUUCAUUCUGCAGCUUCCCGAGUAUGGGGAGAGGUGAUCUGGCGUCUUCAGCUCCAGGAGGAGGCAGGACUCCGCCGGAACGUGCUCAGCAGAGGAUUUGCCCAAAAAGGAGGGGUGUCUAGAUGCUGGGUAACCACAGACAAUGAUGGAGUGCGCUACACUGAGUCCCUUGGCUGUCUGGCUGUCUGAUGUACAUUCUUCCCGUGUCACACGUCAAAAAUCUUGGCCCACCUAGUGUGCUACCACUGGCCCCGCGUCACAGCAGGCCUGUCCCUUCUGACGGGAGAAGGGAGACAAUCCGAGCUGCUUCAUCAACUACUUCAUCCAACUCUUAACCUAGGACAUUCAGAGGUGUCUUCCUCCUCUGGUUUUGUCAUGGUCCUCUCUCUAUAUUCCAGAAUGUGUGCAUUAGAGCCAACUACCACCGCAUGCCUCCAGUGCGGUCCAAGGACCCCCGGAGUCCACAAAGUCCUCCCCAGCUACACUUCUGGCAGGAGCUGACUUGCUUUGUAUUCUCCAACCAAGACAACAUACAACAUACUGCAGCAGGACGAAGACACAGGCAGACAAGAGAGUGCAACCCUGUCUAUCAGCCAGACAUGAAAGCUUCGCAGCGAUGCAGACCGAUGCCACUCUUCCACCUACGGCUUUUGUUUUUGAAAAUUUGGUUAUUUUAAAUUUUAUAUAAAGUGAAUAUGUAAUGGGUUGUUUUUAAAUGAGGUAAUACAUUUUUAAAAGUUA